CUUUCUCACCCGUGUAUCUCCCCCCAUGGGUCAGUUCUCACGGUCAGACAGCAUCCAGAGCGAGCAGGGAGGGCCUGAGAUGGUCACCCUCUCGGUCAACUCCAUGUGUUCCUUCACGGAGAGUGGGUCAGCUGUGUCACCGGGCUCCUCUCACCUCUCACUCCGCUCAGAGCUAUCUCGCACUCAAUCCCUCUCACAACCACACCCAAGGUCCAACUCCAACGCUGCUGAGAGACACCCGAGCUUCAGAUUACAGAUUCCAGGUCAGGAGCUCCAGCGGUCCCGUCGUCCCUCCCUUCUCAGCCUGAGGUCCUUGGCUCGCUCCCUCAACCCUUACUUCAGUAUGGAUUACGACUACGACUCCUUCGACUAUGACCCGUCGAGUAGCAUCGGUAGGCGGGGCACACCACCACCACCUGCCCUACCUGCAGGAGCCCGUGCCCAAGCUCUCCUUCACCCAGAAGCUGGCCUUCCCUACCCUCGUCCAAAACUCUAUCGACAGACCUAAGCCCCGCGACCCCUACAUGGAGGCGGAGCACAACAUGAACACCUUCGCCAAGAUCAUCACCAUCGUCGUCCUUGCUCUCGUCACCGUCCUCGUACUGGGGGUUCUCUACAAGCUGCUACACUGAACGUCCUCGUGUGUUUGUGUACACGCAGUGUCUUCUACAAGGCUACAAGAUGCUUCACUAAGUGCUCUCUACAUACACAAACACAAGUAAUGACAUCUACAGUUUGAUACACAAUUUUAUCAUGACAUACACACAUACACAGUUGACCAGUGACCCACCCAAGUCGAUGCACUAAACGCUUCCAUCACACUUUUACACAUACAAGGUGAGACAAAGGGCGAUGUCAUCAUCCUGGUACUGAGUCUACUGAUACACGACCAGUGUCAUCAACAAACACAAACACCAUCAUCACCACACCUGUUACACACACCAGGAGUAAAGUUCACAAUAUGAUACACAGUAUGUACAGUCGGGGUCAAAAGUCUUGAACACUUGACAGUAUUUGGCAUGCAAGUACCCGAAGAUCUUGGGUAUUAAGGAGAGUUUUAUCCCAUUUUGUGGU